AAUAUUUUUAUCAUUUAUCAUUUCUUUUUUUUUUUAUUAUUAUUUUUAACAAAUGAAUAAUCCAUGCCGUUGACCCCUCUCUUUUAUUUUUUAAGCUACCAGGUCAACAACAACAAGCAAUCACUAUAUUCAACAUGGAUCUCAAAUCAAUGCUCAUAGGUGAUAUUCAAACUAUAUCUUCCGAUAAAACUUUUAAUCCAUCUAAUACUACACCAACACCUAUGGAUCCAAAGAUACUUCAAGAUAAAACUGCUUUGUUACAUUUAGGUGGAAGUCUUCAAGCUUAUCUUCAUAAAAGUGCACAACGAUCAACAAACACCAUCACAAAUGCAACCUCAUCAAGUCUUAGACUUGGUCCUGAAUUAGCAGAAAAUCCAAGUUUAUGGCGUCCUACUAUCUCUUUACAACGAGUCGCCAAAGAAAUACCCUCCUUUGCAAAACGUCCUCGUUCACACCAACAAUCCAAUUUUGAUGAAACUUUACCCAUACAACUUAUUACACAUGAAAUUGGACUUCGGAAAAAUGAUCCACGUUUGAUUUUGGAAAAUACCUAUGAUAUACAAGGAUCUUAUCGAAGAGGUUUCUUUGUAUUGAUGGCUCAAAGAAAUAUGCCUCAUACUUUUGUUUUUUACAAUCCCGAUCAUCCUUGGUUUGAAGAUCUCUAUGGUUUACGCAAGAGUGCUUAUAUUGUAUGCAAAGCAGAAGAUGGUGCUUUAUGGGAAGUUCAUUUGAAACCAGCAAGAGGGAAAGGUUGGUUAUUCGGAUAUUUAAUCAAACAAGAUGAUGUGAUACGAAUGGUAAAAGAAUCAAGAGAUGAAUUAAUGAUGCAACGAAAACUUCCUCUGGUAUUGGAUUUGGAUGAUACCUUGGUCAGAUUAGUAGGUGAAGGUAGUGAACGAUUUGUACCUGAAAAUGAUCUACCGAAAUAUGGCAAUAGGGUGGCUGUACUGAAAGAUGGACGACGAGUGGCAUUAACAGCUAGAGUGCAUGAAUUUUUAGAAUGGGCACAAAAUUUUUAUGAUAUAUCUGUGUGUUCUUUAGGGGAUCAAAAUUAUGUGGAAAAUGUAGUGGAAGUACUCGACCCUCAACGUACAAGGAUCAGGGGUAUUUUAUAUUCAGCAAGAAGUGAACAUGACUUUAUCAAACAAUCACAUGAACCAGGACGACCACCGAAAGAUCUAAGGGCGCUUUAUUCAUUUUGUGCACUUCAAGAUAAAUCAUUAGGAUCAGCAUUCACCUUACCAUUGAUUUUAGACGAUGAAACAAGGAUGUGGCCAACGGAACAACAUGAUAAUAUCAUUGAAGUCAAGCAACAAUUGGGAUCUGAGGCAUGGAAUGUAUCUUUGUUUCCUGUCGUUCAAGAAACAUUGGCUCAUAUACAUAUGGAAUUCUUCCGGCAACUUGAUACUUGGUACAGUAAACAAGUGGAAGCUGAAAAUAAUGGAUAUCCUUUUACUCGUGAACCUCCUAGUGCCUUGGCUAUUUAUAAGACUUAUUUACGACACAUGUUACGUGAUAUGAUUACAAAAGUACAUCAAUAAUAAAAUACCUCUUUUUUUUGUUUAUUUA